AUGUCUUCUACUUUCGAUUUCAAGAAUGCAGACAUCGAGAAAUAUCAGAUGGCGUCUGUAAAGAACAACGGAAAUGCUGUCGACGACGGAAACACAGCCAUUGCCGACAACGAAGAUGCCUUGCGUCUUGCACAGCUCGGCCAUGACCAAGAGCUACGUCGAGAAUAUUCCUUGUUCUCUCUAGGUGCAUUGUGCGUCUGUCUUAUGGCAACUUGGGAAGCUUUGUCAACUGUCAUCGCUACAGCUUUGAUCAAUGGAGGAGCACCAUGUCUCUUCUACAAUUAUGUUCUCUCAGCUAUCUGCUCAUUGUGCAUUGCCAGCUCACUGGGUGAGAUUGCGUCUAUGUACCCUACCGCAGGAGGACAGUACCACUGGGUAGCCGCUCUCACAACUUCACGGAUCCGAACGCCUGCAUCUUUCAUGACCGGCUGGACUUGUGUGGGGGGGCAGAUGGUUUUGACCGCAUCGGCCGCCUUUGCCGCUGGUCUCCAGGCACAAGCUCUCGUCAUUGUCAACGAUUCCGCAUACAUACCACAACGGUGGCAAGGCCUUUUGUUUUACUGGGCUAUUCUGUCCUAUGCCUUUGUGCUCAACGUCUGGGGUCACCGAGCCUUGCCGUUACACAACACCGUGUCCGGUAUCAUCCACGCUGUUGGUUUCUUUGCCAUAGUUAUCGUCCUUGGCGUCAUGGCCCAUAAGAACUCUGCUUCUUUUGUUUUUACAGAGGUUACUAACUACAGUGGGUGGAAAGAUGAUGGCGUUUCAUGGCUUGUCGGGAUUUUGAGUGCUGUGUACCCUUUCUUAGGGUACGAUGCUGCAUGUCAUCUAGCAGAAGAGAUGCCCAAUGCAAGUCAAAAUGUCCCCAUUGCCAUGGUCGGCAGUGUUGGUGUCAACGCCUUGAUAGGCCUCGUAUACGUGGUCGUACUUCUAUUCUCGACUGGCUCACUGGAGACCCUUCUAAAAACCCCGACCGGAUAUCCCUUCAUUCAGAUCUUCCUUGACGCAACAAAGAGCAAUGUGGGCACCACUCUUCUGUCCCUUAUCAUUGUAUGCAUCGCUACUGCUGCAACCGUUGCUGGCGUUACAUCCACUUCCCGAACUCUAUGGGCAUUUGCUCGAGACAAGUCCACGCCAUUCGACAAGCACCUCAGCAAAGUCAACGAACGACUACAAAUUCCUGUCUAUGCUGUUGCAGUAACAACUGGUUUACAAAUGCUUCUUGGAUUUAUCUACCUCGGUAACACAACAGCGUUCAACGCGUUUCUAUCCAUGGCUAUCAUCGGCAUGUAUAUCAGCUAUGCGCUUCCUAUCAUUGCUAUGCUCUUUGCAAGACGACGCCUCGUGGCAGCUGAUAGCUUUGGACCUUUCAAGCUGGGACAAAUUGCAGGCCCUCUUCUCAACGUUAUUAGCCUCGUGUGGAUUGCAAUUGUUGUAGUCUUUAGUACAUUUCCCUCUGCUCUACCCGUUACAGCGCAGAACAUGAAUUACUCCAUUGUCGUCAUGAGUGGGUGGACCGUUGCUGGAGCCUUGUAUUAUCUACUGCGAGCCAGAGCCAAGUACCAGGUUCCUACGGUGGGCUUGGACAUCGUGGAUGGGGUUCAACAGUCAAACUAG